CUUUCUUUCCCCGCCAAACUUUGACUGCAUUCUCUUCACUCUCUGCUCUCUCCCACUUUAUAUAUUCCUUUUGCAUUUGGGUUUUCUACACUUUUCCCAUUCUGCUCUGGUGAUCAAAUACGCAUAUAGAAGCUCAAGCAGCACAAUGUGUUGACUUUGGAGCAAGAAGUUUUUAUCAAUGGCAGAAUGUGUGGCUUCCCCAUUCUGUGUUAAGCUGCAUAUGCAGAGAAGGCCUGUUAGAGACAGAGGCUUCUCGCUUCAAACGACUUUCAAGACUGAUCAAAGAAAGUAUUCCAGAAAUGCAUGUAAAUAUGGUCACUUCUCUAAACAGAAAACGUUUGAGCUGAGUGUAUUUGGGGCCACAGAUUUGAAAAUUAGUCCUCGUCUUCAGGCAAUCCCCUUAAAGUGCAUUGGCUUAGGGGCUUUGGUUGACUUUGAUGGUGCAACAGCCUCUGAUUUGGUGCCACUUGUUGACCAGGUGCUGUUGAUGGGCAGUAUAUUUCUCACUUAUAUGGCUGGAGUAAUUCCUGCUGAGAAAUCGUAUACAAGUUAUCAAAAGAUCAAUUCUAAUAAAAAUGUGUUUCCUGAAAGAUCAGACAUUUCUGGUAGUUCAGAGAAGCAAAAUUAUCGAGUUGAGUCAAAGUAUGUAUUGAGUGUGGUGAGAGGAAAGCUUUUGAAUUCUCUGAAUGCUUUAGAGCAUGAGGCUUAUUCAGGAGACAUCAUCCUUCAAUCUGCAAAGCGACCCUUGAGUUUAAAUGCUGUUGGUGAGGGUCCAAAGUUAAGGUUGCUUUGGGCUGCUUUUCAGCAUGUUGAGCAAGAGGUUAAUAAUAUAUCAAGCAUUUCCAGAUCUGUUGGUAUGGAUGAUCUGUUCAGAAUGUUUUCUGAAGUUAUUCAAAGAUCCUGUCAUUCUAUCUGUGUUACUUGGCUGGAAGAGGAAUUUUUCCUUCUUAAAGGCAAUGCCAACAAGAAACUUGCAUCUAUGAUACUUGAAAAAGUAAAAGGAGAUAGCACUAUUGUACAGAGCAUUACAAGGUCUGGCAAGAAAGACCUAUAUUCAGAAUUACUGUGGUAUCUUACUUUUGGUUCUCUCAGGGAGGAUUGCUGUUAUGAUUCCUGUAUAUUUGCUUUGCAUGGGAUUUCCAUAUUGGAAGAUUUAGUGAUCACUCUUGUAGAUGGGGUUGCAAGCAUAUAUCUUGAGUUUAUUUCUGUUGAUAGUGAUGUGUCUAGUGAAACAAAUAGCUUGGACAUGUCAUUCUGUGCUUUGUCCACCAGAGAACUCCAAAAGUUGCGUAAUGAGGUGGCUUUGAACCAGUGGUUGUACCAUAACAUGGACACAGUUGUGUCAAUGUACGAGGAUCGCAUUGACCUGCGUACUCUUGAGAGCCAACCCAUCGAUCUACCGGAAAAUAGUCAGACUGAAAAACAAAGUUGGUGGAAGAGGCUUACCCGGCAAAAUUCAAAAACCAUUUCACCUGAAUUACAUUGCAUUGUGAUAAGUCAUUUCUCAAUGCCUGUAAAGCGGACCAAGGAAUUAAGAGCCCUGACUGGAUGGCGGUAUUACUUCAGCCUUUUCCUUGAGUUAUCUGACAUCACCAUGCCCCUUAUUAGAACAGUUAUUGAUAAAGUGAGUGAUGCUAUCUCAUUCUUUUUAGUUAGCUUGAUUGGGAGGUCUUUGGGACUCAUUUAUACUGGCAUUAGGCAGUCCCUCAGAUGGAAGUGAAUUAAGUGCUACAGUUUUGUGUAGUGCAGUUAUUUUUUUGCCCCAUAAUUCUGUUUCAUUUUGCUUCUUAUAUAUGGUGGCGUUUAUGAUAGAAAAUUGUGGUUUAGGACUUUAGAUUCAAUCAAAUUGGAAAAUUGCAUUGCUGUCCUUUGGUCAUGUGAGGCUUCAAUGGUUUAUAAAUCUGAAAUGCUAAUUCAUCUUGAGAUAAUCUCA